AUGAAGUUCGACUUCUGCGAUUUUCUAGAAAUGGCGGCUGCCAUGGACGUUGCCGUGGGACUCAUCGUGGACAAGCUAAAGGAGGUCAAGAUGUGGAACAAUAGCCUUUUCGUCUUCCUGAGUGAUAAUGGCGGCCAAGUGCUCUACGGUGGAAGUAAUUGGCCUCUACGUGGCAACAAGAACACGCUCUACGAAGGAGGAACGAGGGUUCCAGCAUUUGUUGCGGGACCUGUGCUCAAGAAAACCGGCUACAAUAGCUCGAGUAUUAUCCACGCUGUCGACUGGUUCCCGACGCUUCUUAGUGCGACUGGUGUGAAGAGCGCUGCGGCCGAUAUUGAUGGUGUCGACCAGUGGCCACUAAUCAGGGACGGAACAGGUGAUGCACCAAGAUCAGAGUUCAUCUACAAUUUGGAUCGCAAGGAUAACAAGCUACACGGCGCAAUCAGGCAAGGAGACCUCAAGUUAAUUCUGAGGCCAUCGAAGGGCUAUUCCGACUGGUACGCAGAGUCGGAGGAACAGCCCCAGCCUGUAGAAGCAGUCGGAAAUGCACCCAUAUCGGUUCUCUACAAUAUCACUGCUGAUCCCAAUGAAGAGGAAGACUUGUUCGCGACAAUGAAGGCCGAGGCCAAGCUUCUUGGUUCCAAGCUGAGGGCGGAGACCAGUAACAUGAUACCUUCGCGACAUCUAGAAGACGUAGCCGAAGGGGAUCCAAGCAGGCGGGACCCGGCAGGCACGUACGGUCCUGCACACCAUCUGCUGCAAUGCGAACACAGCAACCCAGCCCUACAAGCAGCAGCAACAGAUGCAGACCCAAACCUCCUUAGUGAAGCGUGGGAUGCUGCGAUCUCUAAGCUGGACAUGGUCGACCAGUGCCAACUCGUCGCGCGUGCCCGGCAUGCGGUCCAGGACAGAGGGUUCCUGGAAUAA